CUGACAUGCAGAUUGUGGUGCCGGCAUAACUAGACGACUGUGGCGGCAGGCGCGAUGGUGGCAGUUGUUCAGAUUGGAGAAUAAAGGGGCUGUGAGUUGGUGUACCGGCAACUAGGCUACUCCGGCCAACGAUGACGUUCCUCAUGAGCACCGAGUACUUGGCAACGGCGGCGGACAUCUUAUGUGAAUAUUGGUGCUACAGGCUAGUGUUGCAAAUCCAAGGAGUAAAAGCUGUUAGCGGGCCAAGCUACAGAUUUCCCGCGCUAGUUCCUCUGGCUCUAGCUUUCUCUCACGGCACCAAACUGCUACCUUGCAUAGGCAACAAAGUGGGAACAAACUCGCAAAUGGAAUUUAAGCUCAACGGAAUUGAACUGAAAACCUUUGCCAGGUCCAUGACAUGCCUCGCGCGCAUAGGCAACGAACUCGUCAUCCAAGCAUCCGAUUCACUGCUUACUCUUCUCACUCUAAAUGCGUCAAGGACUGCUCAUCUGUCCAUCACAUUUAAACCCGAUUUUUUCAAUGUAUACACAGUUCCAGCUGACCAGGUGAAAUGUAGUGUUCUGUUGAAGGCGGUUUGUUCCGUGUUAAGAACACCAUUUGCUAGUAUCGACCAUUUGAGUGUGUCAUUACCUCAUCCUGAUGCAUCUAAGGUGCUGUGGACUUUAGACUGUUACAAUGGUAUCAAGAAAGCCUAUGGGAUCAAUUGCAAUGUUAAACCUGACAUACAACAGUUAUCCUUGGAUAGGACAAAGCUUCCUAGCAACUUUGUGGUGAGGCCUCGUGAUCUCAACAGGUUGUUGUCUAAUUUUCAGGCAUAUCUUCAAGAGAUAACAGUCAUAGCAACUGAACCUUCUUCCUUACCUCCUGAUGCUGAAAAUGAAAUUGGAGGGAAAUGCGUUGAGCUUAGAAGCUAUAUAGACCCAACAAAAGAAAAUGAUUCAUCAUUGCACACACAGUUAUGGAUAGAUCCCACAGAAGAGUUUUUGCAGUAUAACCACACAGGAAAUCCAGUAGACGUGACAUUUGGAGUGAAAGAUUUUAAGGCAUUUGUUUCUUUCUGUGAGGGCUGCGAAGCUGAUGUGCGCUUCCAUUUCAGUGUGGCUGGCGAGCCAGUUCUGAUGGAACCCAAGUUUGGUUUUGAUGAUGGCUCCGGUUCAAACUUCGAUGCUGCAAUGGUGCUUGCAACCAUGCUUACGUCACAAAUCAAUAAUGUGAACUCCCCCCAUCAAGCGAGCCCUUCGCAUCGCCAGGUUGAUCAGUCGAGAGGGGCCCAAACACAUGAUGGGUCAAGAGGAAAUAAUUCUGAGCCUCCAUCUGAUCAUACCAGAAUUUGGUCUGACCUUUCAGGAAAUGCUGCUGGUAUGCAUGCUCGAGUAGAUAGAAACCAUACUAUUACUGAGCAACAAGAAAUUCAUAGAAUUGGUUCUGUUCAUAUUUCUAAAGGUGGACCUACGGUGGGAAAUGUUCCUUCUGGUUCUAAUGACUGCCAUGACAAGGAAGCACAUCACUCAAAGGAGACACAAGGCAGGGCAGAAACUACACAGUCUACACGUCAAGCUUCUCAAUACCACCCAAAUAACUGGAUAGAUGCUUGUGAUGAAGAUGACGAAGAUGAUGAUUCGGAGUUCGUUGUAGACCCAACACCACCCCAUCAUUAAGGGCGCGCCUUAGAGUAGGAGGGUGAUAGAGAAGAGAUUGCGUGUUGGUUGCAUUGCUAGAACGUGU